UUCCGCCGGGCUGCGCUGCUCGGGCUGGCCCCGGUGGCACCCGGGGCUGCAGCGUGGCCAGGGCUCGGGAUGGACUUCCUGACGCUCUUCGUGCUGUACCUGUGCUCCGUGCUCGCCGUCGGUGCCCUGCUGUGCCUGUGCUCGGGGAGGAAGGAGAGCUUCCUCACCAGGAGUGCCAACAGGGCCGGCCAGGUGCUGUCACUGCUGGUCCCCAGGCAGCUGCAGAGGGUGACGCAGCGGGCCCUGCACAGGCUCUUCCACACCAGGAGCUGUUUGUUUGUGGUCCUGCACGUGGCCCUGCAGGCUGCAGUGUUUGUGGAGUACACCUGGGAGGUGUUUGUGUACUGCUGGGAGCUGCAGUUCCACCUCCUCCUGCUGCUCCUGCCCUACCUGCUGCUGGCUGGCAACCUGGGCUGCUUCCUGCUCUGCUCCCGGGCCAACCCUGGUGCAGUAACGAAGUCCAACGCUGCCUCCCUGGCUGAGGUUUAUGCCUACGAUGGGGUGUUGUUUCAGAGAGGCCUCGUGUGUCCCACGUGCACCGUGCAGAAACCAGCCAGGUCCAAGCACUGCAGUGUGUGCAGGACGUGCGUGCACCGCUUCGACCACCACUGCGUGUGGGUGAACAACUGCAUCGGGGCGUGCAACGCCGGCGCGUUCCUGCUCUACCUGCUGUCCCUGACGGCCACCGCCGGCGCCGUGGCUGCUGUCACCGCUGCCUUCCUCACCCAGGUGCUGCUGCUCUCCAACGUCAUGCACGGCACCUACCUGGACGCCCAGGGACAGGAGCAGCCCGUGGAGAUCCCCGUCCUCGUCCAGCACCUUUUCUUGACUUUCCCUAGGAUUGUCUUCAUGCUGGGGUUUGUCAUCCUGCUCACACUCGUGCUGGGGGGAUAUUGCUCCUUCAGUCUGUAUCUGGCCCUCACCAACCAAACCACCAAUGAAUGGUGCAAAUCCCGAGGAUUUGGGGGCUCCCCCCAUCUCCCCUCACAGCCUCGUGCCAGACCCCUCGUCUACAGAAACAUUUAUUCCAAAGGGAUCUGGAGGAAUUUAAAGGAAAUCUUUAACCCUCCCGCCGUGUUGGAAAGGAAGAAGGAAACAUGAAGACAUUAUUGUUUCUCUGGGCAUUUUAAAAUGUUUUCUAAGACUUGAGUUCAGCAGUGGGCUUGGCUGCCCCAGGCAGAUUUUGGAACAGGAUUACUGCAGAAUUCACAUCCUGGUGCCUCAGCAGAGCAUCAUUUGAGCUCCCUCCCUCAGUGAGACUCAGGGCCAGCUCAGUCCUGGCCCCUGAAUUCAGGGAUUUGUCCAUCUUCCCAAAGUGAGUCUUUAUCUCUGGGAAGGGCUACCACAGAGCUCCUGUGAAUUUGGAGGGAGCAGCAUCUUUUUGUAUCUUUCUUUGGGAAACAAUUAAGCCAUGAUUGUUAACAAUGACUACAGCAGGUUGUGUGUGUUGAGCUGAAAGAAUGAUUUCUGGCAGGGUCUUACCUGCAGAAACCAUGUCCUACUGAGCUUUGGA